CAAUUUACGAUUUAGCAAUUUUCAUACUAUAGAUAAAAGUGAGUGUACCCAUAAAACAAGCAUAAAACGAAAUGAAAUUCAGUACAUUUGUAAUAUUUUAGGUAAAAAAUCUGGUUUGUUUACGAGGAAAUCAUGAAAAUAACAUUUUUAUUUGCUUUCAUACUCUUCCUCGCUGUGUCUAAAGCUCAAUAUAAACCGAAACUAGAAGUGUACCAAAUACGAUUAAAUGACGAUGAUGAAGUGAACAUAGAUCACCUCUCAAAUUCAAAUGAAAAAGCAGAUUCUAUAAUCCCGAAAUUGUUCAAAAUUAAAAAAGAAAAGCAGCAAAAACCAAGCGUAGACCGAGUUAAGAGUGAGAAAGUUUUAAAUGUUAUUGAUGGUAUAUUAAAUAAACUGAAACCUUUGAAAGGAAGCGCGAAGAAUAAUCAACCUCAUGUAUAUGUCAUAAGUGAUACUACAAUUUCUGAAGAAGACGAUAACGAGCAUAAAAUUGAUGAAAAUGCCAGCGUUCCGAUCAAUAUUAAUCUAAAGGAUGUAUACGAAAUACUGGGGCAGCAACCUCAUCGAUAUAAACGACCUGUUUUGAGAAUUCAGGGUAUGGAUGAUCGUACCGCGCCGCCGCGUCACAGAUACGUUUACGAUUCGGAUAGUUAUUAAAAAAAUAGAAAAUA